AUGCAAACUCAAUAUGAACAACAAUCAUCACUACAAAAUAAUGGUAAAAUAGUACAGAAUUCAAUGCAACAACAAAUACAAUCAUAUACAUAUCCAUAUUCAACCAUGUAUUCUAAUAACAUGACAGGAAUGAAUACAAAUAUUCCAUCAUCAUAUGCAUCUGCUGAUUAUAAUUUAUAUUUAAAUAGUAUUAUGCAACCACUAUCUCCACCACCGGAUAAACCUUGUCCAUAUUAA